UGCUGCGCGCCUGCGAUCAGUCAAAGUUGUUGUUUAUCGUCUGCGAUUUUGCAGUGACUGAAUGAGGGAAUUAUAAAUCAAUUUUAUCUUAAUAUUGUACAAAACUGCAAGGAAGGUAAAAUAAGCGGAGUAAGCAAUCAACUGCCGUAUUUACUUAUUGUCAAGGUGGUGGGCUUGGCCCCAUCAUGGUUUCCAAAGAAGCCAAAAAUGGAGGAAAAUAUAUUGUGCUAAGCGAAGUUAACAUCGUUGUCACAUCAUUGAGAAGAAAUAUAAGAUGGGCUUCCCACGGAAACCAGACUGACAGAGAUGAUCCAUUGAUUGCAAGUUUCAAUAAUUUGAAAAAUGCUUUGAACACAGUUAAUGAACUUAAUGAAUUGGAACCGACUACAUUCCUUAGUCCAUUUCUUGAAGUGAUCCGUUCAGAAGACACAUCAGGACCAAUAACUGGACUCGCUCUUUCUACAGUCAAUAAAUUUUUGACUUAUAAUUUGAUUGGCUCAUCUAGCACAGUCGCUACAGCAGUCUCAAACAUGGCCGAUGCUGUCACCCAUGCCAGAUUUGUUGGAACGGAUCCUGCCAGUGAUGAAGUUGUUUUAAUGAAAAUUUUACAGGUUCUCCGAUCCCUGCUUUUAUCCUCAGUUGGAUCAUAUCUCACCAACGAAGCUGUCUGUGAAAUAAUGCAGUCGUGCUUUAGAAUAUGUUUUGAAAUGAGAUUGAGCGAAUUGUUGCGUAAGUCAGCCGAACACACACUCGUUGAUAUGGUGCAAACAUUGUUUUGUCGAAUUCCGGAAUUCAAAGAAGAUUUAAAAGGAUCUGGAUCAAUGAAAAAGGUACAGAUUUACUCAAAGCUGAAGAUGCGAGCGGGUGGAAUGACGGAGACGGGUAACAGAGGCAAAAGAUCGCGAAAAUCUCCAAGAAUGAAACGAUCAGAUCGGAAACAAUCUUUACAGCCUCAUUACCAAGAACAAAGUAAUUCUGGAAAUAGCACCCCAAGUUCAGAAUCACACCGGCCUGUGUCAACUGUAAGCAUAGACAGCGGUGUGGGAGCUUCUAUUUCUACACUUAAUAUCGCCGAUGACCAAAGUCUUAAAAAAAGUGUGAGUGCAGCAAGUAUUCCAGACACAGUGGAUUCAGCAGAAGCUGUGAAAACUCCAGAACCUAGCCAAUCCGUAGAAUCUCAGGAAGAUAAACAACAAGGACAAGAAAGACCGUCGACAUCAACUCCUGAAGAGAAUAAGUCAAGCACUGAAGAAGGAAAAGAUUCUGAUCAGACCAUCCAACCACAAGAUGUCACACCUGAGUCACCAAUAAGCGAACAAAACUAUGAUUUGUCGUCUCCACCCCGUGUUGAUUCCGUAGAUGCUCUCGAUGAACUGGAAACUCAAUCACAACUUUCCGACACAGGAAGAAACUCAGUGACUGAGACUGAGUUUGUUGCGAAUCCGAGAGGAGUCAGAUUUACCACAUCAGCACAGACAGGUGAAGAAGUUAUUGUUGGACCACUCGUACCAUACGGAUUGCCGUGUGUCAGAGAAUUGUUCAGAUUCCUGAUUUCAUUGACAAACCCUCAUGAUAGGCAUAAUUCUGAUAUCAUGGUUCAUAUGGGAUUGUCUCUUCUUAUGGUUUCAAUGGAAGUUUCCAGGAACGAAAUGGAAAGAUUUCCAUCACUUCUGUCAUUGGUGAAAGAUGAUAUGUGCCGGUAUCUGUUUCAGCUUCUUGUAUCGGAUCGACUGAGUCUUGUGGCUUCAUCACUGAGAUUAUCUCUCCUUGUAUUUGAGUCUUUGAGACAUCAUUUGAAGUUCCAACUUGAGUCAUUUCUGAAGAAACUCAUGGAACUCAUCACAAGUGAAAAUCCAAAAAUGGCUUACGAAGUAAAAGAACUCUCCAUAGAGGCAAUAGUGCAGCUUUAUCAUAUUUCUGGAUAUGUAACUGAGCUUUAUCUCAACUAUGAUUGCGAUCUUUACUGCUCAAACUUGUUUGAAGAUCUCAGUAAAUUGCUGUCUAAGAAUGCGUUUCCUGUUUCCGGUCUCUACACAACUCAUCUUCUAUCCCUUGAUGCUCUACUAACUGUUGUUGAAAGCAUAGAAGGGAGAUCCAACAUACAACUCACAUCUGAGAUCAAUAAAGAAGAACAACUGUCACAGUCAAGUGAUAAUGAAGAAAAUAUUGAAGACAUAACUGAUCAUCAGACAGAAACUGUUGAGGGGGCGGAGCAAACUAAACAACAGCCAAUCAUACCACCACGAUUCUCAAGUGCAAUGCCUAACAUAGAAGAAUUGAUAAAGAUUAGACAUAAGAAAAAGCUUGUUCAAUUAGGCACUGAAUAUUUCAAUCAAAAACCUAAGAAGGGAGUUUCAUUUCUUCAAGAACAAGGAUUGCUCGCAAUGCCGAUGGAUACAAGGGAAGUUGUUUUAUGGCUGAGAGAGAAUCCUGGACUCGAUAAGAAAAUGAUCGGUGAAUUUAUAAGUGACCGUAGAAAUCCUGAGAUUCUGGAGAGUUUUGUGAGAACAUUUAAGUUUGAAGGACUUCGAGUUGACGAAAGUUUAAGAUUAUAUUUGGAAGCUUUCCGAUUACCUGGUGAAGCUCCGGUGAUUCAGAGAUUGAUCGAAGCAUUUUCUGGAUUCUGGGCAGAAACAAAUCAUUAUCCAUUUCGUAACUUGGAUGCCGGAUUCACACUUUCGUAUGCUGUUAUUAUGCUAAAUACAGACCAACAUAAUCGAAAUGUACGGAAACAGAAUGAACCGAUGAAUUUGAAUCAAUUUCGAAGAAAUUUGAAGAGUUGUAACGGAGGAGAAGACUUUGAUUCUGCUAUGUUGGAGGAUAUUUAUAAUACUAUUAGACAUGAUGAAAUAGUCUUGCCAGAUGAGCAGACCGGCCCAGUCCGAGAUCGAUGGUUGUGGAAUGUAUCAUUGAGACGUGGAAACACUCCUGAAGGAUUAUGGCUCAGUGCACCGCCUCUGAUCAAUGGACCUAGCACAUUUGAUGGUUUGCAUCUGUAUGAUCGUGAUUUGUUCUCAAUGAUCUGGGGACCAACUGUUGCUGCUCUGUCUUUUGUAUUUGACAAGUCAUUGGAAGAAAUCAUUGUUCAGAAAUCUAUAUCUGGAUUCCACAAAUGUGCUUUGAUCAGUGCGCACUUUGGAAUGUGUGACGUAUUUGAUAAUCUGAUCAUUUCUUUAUGCAAGUUCACUACUCUUACUACAUUGAAUGAGACUCCUGAAAUUGCUGCCACUGUGUUUGGUUCAAAUCCGAAAGCCCAACUUGCAGCUCGUACUGCUUUCAAACUAGCUCACAGACAUGGUGAUAUUCUCAGAGAAGGCUGGAAGAACAUUCUAGACUUCAUGCUCCCGUUAUUUCGAGCAAAACUUCUCCCACCAGCCAUGGUUGAGGUUGAAGACUUUGUCGAUCCAACUGGAAGGAUAUCCUUGAUCAGAGAAGAACUACCCAUACAGAGGUCAGAUUCUUCCAUCUUCAGUAGUUUUUAUCAGAUAUGGGGAGGUGGAUCAAGUGAUAAUUCUAACCAGAAGAAUAGUACGCCAGAGGAUCAGCAAGCUUUGAAGGUUGCACAGGAAUGUGUAAAAGAACUUCAUCUUGAACAAUUGGUUACUGAAAGCAAGUUUCUGAGACUGGAUUCAUUACAGGAACUCAUCAAAGCAUUAGUGAUGGCAUCCAGGGGACCAGACACUCAUGAAUCAAUGGGAACAGUCUAUUCUGAAGAUUCCGCCAUCUUUUUCCUCGAACUUCUGCUGAGAGUUGUACUACAAAACAGGGAUCGUGUUCUUUCCAUCUGGCAACCAGUUCGUGAUCAUCUCUAUACAAUUGUGGUGACGUCGUCAGAGUAUAACUUACUGCUUGAACGUGCUGUCGUUGGAUUGAUUCGACUUGCAAUAAGAUUGCUACACAGAGAAGAUGUGGCCGACCAAGUCUUAGCCUCCUUACAGAUUUUAUUGAUGAUCAAGCCAUUCAUUCUACCAAAGGUUAGCCGUCAGAUCGCGUACGGACUUCAUGAAUUGCUCAGAACGAAUGCUGCAAACAUACAUUCACGAGACGACUGGAUGACUUGCUUCACAAUGAUGAAAUGCGUCGGUGCUGGUGCUUUACCGCCACCUAUUGUCCAUCUGCCUACUGGAGCUGAAGAAUUAGAAGCAGCAUCUGAGCAAAACCAGCAAGCUCAAGCUGAAGGUUCCUCAGCCACAGCUCAAUCAGGAGAAUAUGAAGAGGCAACGCAGGUUCUUGAGACGCAUACAAGGGCCCAAUCAGACACCGAAGUUACAAGUGAUGAUCGUGGCAGCCAACUCUCUGACAGAGGAUACACGUCUGAUAGUGAGUUGUACGAUCAGUCACAACAACAACAGCAAAAACAACAAGAACAUUUAUCACCGUUAUCGGAAACAGCAUCGCAAGCAUCUGACGAGGGUUGGGUUCGUUUGAAUAGAUCAGAUGGAGAAUUGGAGGAUGAAGACAAGUCGAUGGCUAAGAAAGGUUUUGUACGCUUGAAAUUACAAAAUUCGGAAGACAAAGCCAAGCAGAGUAAUAGUACAAUACAGGUUAUUCCACCACCUCCAAGUCCUUCCAAUCAAUUCACUUUACAACUUGGAGAAGAACUUCGACAGCAUGAUAUGCGAGCAAUGGUGAAGUCAUGCGAAACGCUUGCAUUUUUGGUACGAGAUGCUGCCCACAUCACACCAGAGAAUUUUGAACUUUGUGUGAGAUGCAUUCGAACUUUUGUUGAAGCGAGUAUCAAUGGAGUUAAUCGGGCUCACCAUGGAGUAGGUCAAGAAGUACCCCAGCAACAUAAACAACAGCAAGAGAAGAAAAAGUUGAAGAAACGUAAAGAUCGGGAUAAUAAACGAUCAAACACUAGAGGGAGUAACGCUGGCAUGGGACAAAGUGGAAUGGGCGGAAGAUAUGGUCACAGUGGUAACAGCACUCAUUCUGAUGAUGAUUCAAGUGCCGAGACUGUGCCUGGUGGAUAUCACACUAUAUCUCUGCAGCUGCUCGAUUUGAUGCAUACACUCCACACGAGGGCAGCAUCAAUAUACAGUUCUUGGGCCGAGGAAGAGAAACGUCGCUUGACGGAGUUGAAGACUGAAUUAGAUGAAACUGAUGUUGCUACGGAAACCAAAGAACCUAAAAUUAAUGCUGAAGCCAGCACAUUGUGGGAUAAAUGUUGGUGCCCUCUGCUUCAAGGGAUUGCAAGGCUGUGUUGUGAUGCAAGAAGACAAGUCCGAACUUCAGCUCUCACAUAUUUACAACGAGCAUUGCUUGUUCAUGAUUUACAAACUUUAACAGGAAAGGAAUGGGAAUCUUGCUUCAAUAAGGUCUUAUUUCCUCUUCUCACCAAACUUCUUGAGAACAUCAGUCCGGCUGAUCCGGUAGGAAUGGAAGAGACUAGAAUGAGAGGAGCUACUCUCCUGUCUAAAGUUUUCCUUCAGCAUUUGAAUCCACUUUUAACUCUUCCAACUUUUACUGCUUUAUGGCUGACAAUCCUUGAUUUCAUGGAUAAGUACAUGCACGUUGGCAAAAGUGACCUUCUGUUUGAGGCAAUCCCUGAAUCAUUGAAGAACAUGUUACUUGUUAUGGACACAGCCAGGAUCUUUCAUAACAGUGAAAGUCCUACAGAUUACACCAGUCUGUGGGAUGUUACCUGGGAGAGAAUUGAUUGCUUUUUACCAAGCUUGAAAGAUGAAGUGUUUAAACCACCCUCACCAGAACCUCCGAAAAAGGAACUUAUUGCUCCAACAGCAAAUGAAUUACACAGAGAUGGGAUUCCACCAUCAGACGUUCCACAUACUUACCCCUACCCAGUGCCCCCUACUGCAUCCCCCCCUGUACCCUCACCCACCCCUUCAUCUCCGAGCCCUGAACUAGUUCAAAACUACCCUGUCACAGGGGUGAUCUCUUCUCCGGGGCCUAAAGUUACCCCACCAGCAAGUUUGAAUAUGAUGACCCCUGCUUCACCCCCUAUUAAUACUCCACCUAUGUACCCCACCAGCACUGUACCCAGCGAUGCUAAUCUUCCCCCAUCCAUGAGUGCACCAAAAGCCCCCAUUAUUAUGGGGUUAGGUGGGUCCCUCGUCCCUCAACAAGGUUACCCUGGACAACAACAGCCGCUAUCUGGUGUAGGCUCCCAUGGCCAUAUUCUGAUGAGUCCGACCCAGAACUUUAUUCUGCAUCCUCCAGCACCCAGUUCAACAUUGUCUCUACAGAACCAAGAAUUAGGGGUGAUAAACCCCACAUUACCCCACCCUAUUUCCCAACCCCAAGGAGCUACAUUACAGUACCCCACACAGGCGUCUCCACCGUUAUUAUUAGCAUCAGGUAUAACCCCUAAUAUACCUAUAAUAGCCCCCCAAGGGGAUGAUAGUGCCCAAGGGUAUGGGGGAUAUAAUGUACCCCGAAAAGUUAUUGACCCAACUCGUCCUUUACCCCACCAAACGCCCAUGAACCCCCACAUUCCGGCGUCACCUCUGGGUCAGCUUCCAGUAACUUCAAUUCCAGUUACGCUGCCCACUAUGGAUAAAUCUAAAGUUCUGAAAAAUCCUGAAACUUAUUAAUAAAGAGAUGUUGUUGUAUAUAUUUAUGGUGAUUAUCAUAGUAGCAAAUUAAAUUAAUAAUAUAUAUAGAGCUGUGAAGUAGCAGUUUCGCAUUUUUAAUGAUGUUGUAACUGGAGCCAUGUUUUUAGACUUUCCGGAGUUGGAAUUUGAAAUAUAUUUGCAUUAAAAUUUUUUGGCAAGCUUCGCAAAAUCGAAUUUUUAAAUUACUCUUGAGUACCUUCUGCUUCACGGCCUCUAUUGUAGGUCGUAUAAAAUCACUGUUUGAUUUGAAUUUGUGCGGUCUUAUUUAUUUUUAUUACCACCGAAAUGUAUUGGUGUCAUAUUUUCACCAUUUAAACCUAUUACCUAGUUACUCUAAACGGCAAGAUGUCUUGAUCAAUUGCUCGUCAAAUUACCCACAAACGAACCAUUACUGGAAUGCUUCUUCAAAUAGCUGAAUUGAUUUAGGAAAUGCAUAAUUGCACAUAAAAUAUAUCAUUCCGAGGUCUGUACUAUUUCAAAAAUUUCGCAUUUGAUUCACAAAUAGUAUCUUUUAACGUAUCAGAAGAGCGUGGCUCGGAGAGAAAGUGUAACGCCUUAUACAGGGGUGGCCAACACGUCGAUCGCGUCUGAUGUUGAUUAAAUUUAAUAACGUACCCCAAAAAAUUACCUUGAACCAGUUUAUGCAGUGCAUAUUGUGUGUUUUAAACACAGGAAGAAUACAGUACGUCAUACACGUACAUACAUUUGAGUCUGAGCGAGCUUGACAUAAAAAAAUCAUAUUUUUGUGGCGAUUUUUUUUAAGAAUGUGCCCACAGGCACAUAUUGCCCAAUUGGCAGCGGUGGAAUUUUUGUAUGCACUUGUGCACACAGUCGCUCGCGAGAUAUUUUAGUCGAUCGCGGCCGAAAGCAGGUUGGCCACCCCUGCCUUAUGGCAUAGCAAAUACAAGGCUAUUAUGAGAUGUGGAUAAUUAUUCGCGCGUUGGAUUUGGAGUACAGGAAAGCGUAGAUGGUGGUGGAUAUAUAAUGCAACAUGUAAUAUGCCUAUGCGAGUAGAUAUGAUUAUAGUGCAAUUUAAUGUUUAUUUAUAUUGUUGGACAAUUUAAUGUUGUAGAAUAAAUCGCUUCAGCGUGUGUUUGUGUCGUUAAAUCGCGAUUGAUUACUUGAUAAUGCGUAAUAUAUAUGUCUAGAUGUGUCAAUGUCCUUAAUAUUUAAUUGUCGAUAAAUAUAUUGUGGGAGUCGAA